AUGGGAGCUGAGCAAGAGGUUGAGUGUGUCGAGGACAAGAGGCCAAUCCCUCCUGAUGAUGACGAACUAGCAGCAAUUGAUAUUGUGUCACCGAGCGAGGAGGUUGAAAAGGCGAAGGAGCGGCGUCUGUUGUGGAAGCUCGAUGCUGUAAUUCUACCAAUGACUGUCUUGCUCUACUUGAGUGCUAAUCUCGAUCGCGGCAACAUCGGUAAUGCGCGCCUGCAAGGCCUUCAGAAGGAAUUGUUGGACAACAAAGAUGAACGAUACUCGGUCGUUCUCCUUUCAUUCUACAUCACAUACAUGCUUGGAAGCAUCCCCGGCACCCUCUUGUCCAAAGCAAUACCGCCGAACUACGCUAUUGGAUCUGGCUGUCUCAUUUGGUAUAGCUUCAGGGCCGUCGCCGCAUCAGCCAUGGCCGGCGUUAGGAGCUAUGCAGGUAUAAUCGUUUGUCGACUAUUCAUCGGGCUAGGAGAGUCCAUCUUUGGGCAAGCUGUCGUGCUCCAUUACUCUCUUUGGUACAAGAAGGACGAAAUUGCGACUAGAUUGGCAUUAUUCAUCGGUGCAGGUGUUCUGGCAGGUGCUUUCGGUGGUCUCAUCGCAUUUGGGGUGUCCCAUAUACAGAGCUCAAUCGAGACAUGGAGAAUCCUCUUCCUAAUUGAAGGGAUCCCGUCGAUUGUUCUGGGCAUCUGCGUGAUCCUGUUCCUACCUGGAAGGCCUGACCGGUCUUGGCUCCUCACUGAGGAGCAAAAAGCGCUGCAAUUUAGACGACUUCGAUCGCAAAAUUUGGACGAAGGAGACGACGGCAUCGACUGGAAUGGGGUAAAACGUGCUUUCACCGACUGGAAGGCAUACGUUGUGACAUUCAUCUACAGCUGCAUGCAGCUUACCUUGUCUUCGCUCUCUGGAUUCUUCCCAACAAUCAUAAAGUCGCUGGGAUACACGAACACUCAGGCGCAGCUGUUCACUGUUCCCCCAUACGCAGUGGCCUUUGGGAUCAUGGCGCUUCUCAAUUCUGCGUCGGACCGGGUCCGCAUCAGAGGUCUUUUCAUCAUGGGUGCCUUCACCAUCAAUGCAGUCGGCUGGUUGAUAUUGCUCACUGUCGUCCACAAUCUCCACGUGAGGUACUUUGCGUGCUUUUGCAUAGUGACCGGGGGUUACUGCACCAUCCCGUUGAUCCAGUCCUGGGUUGCAAACAACACUGGCUCACAGUCUCAACGUGCUGUGCAAUUAGGCUUCCUGAACAGUUUGGCAAAUUGGGCAGCCCUGACGUCUCCAUUCAUAUUUCCUUCGAAGGACAAUCCACGAUGGCCAUUAGGCUUUGGAAUGAACCUUGCCUUUAGCUUUGCUGCGAUCCUAACCGCUGCCUUCAUGACCGUAUGGUACCGCAUGGAGAAUCAACGGAGAGAUCGAAACGAGGGUGGCCCACCAUUGUCAGGAUCCAAGGUUGAACAGGCCAAGUUGCAUGAUCUGGCUCCAGGCUUCAGAUAUACUCCGUAG